AUGCGCAAACCUGACCGGCCUUUCCAGGUUCAGCGCCCGUCUCCAGGUUCUGCUCCCGUGUCCAGGUUCUGCGCCCAUCUCCAGGUUCUGCUCCCGUCUCCAGGUUCUAACCCAUCUGCAGCUUUUGCGCCCGUCUCCAGGUUCUGCGCCUGUCUCCAGGUUCUGCGCCCAGGUUGCUCCCGUCUCCAGGUUCUGCUCCCGUCUCCAUUUUCUGCACCCGUUUCGCUCCCGUCUCCAGGUUCUGUACCCGUUUCCAGGUUCUGUGCCCAGGUUGUGCUCCCGUCUCCAGAUUGUGAUCCCGGGUGUAAAUUCAACGAAAAUUGGCUAUCAAACCAAGAUUUAUCUUCACGGCUGAAAUCGGUACCAGGCAGUGUGUACGAGGCACGGUGUAUUUUGUGCAAGAAAUGUUUCAAACUCGGCACGAUGGGAGUCAAGGCAGGGGACUCACAGAUGCACAGCGCAAAACACAAAGCCUCAAAAUCAAGCUGCCAGCAAACGCCAGGUAUUUCCCAGUUCUGUUCUACUCUCGUCUCCACCCCCAGCCCCGAUAUCGACAACCGGGACCGCAGCACCGCAUCUCCGGACUAUGUUCGGGUGUACGCCUACACUGAAAGCAGAGGUACUGUGGUCUCUGAACUCCAUGACAAAACACCAAUCAGUCAAAUGAGGGAGUUGUGUUCCCAGAUUCUGACAUUGCCCACUCGUUUGCGUGCGGUUCCGGCAAGACGGCCUACAUCAGCAGGUUUGGAUUAGCCCCGUACAUUUCAGAGCAGCUUGUUGCAGAUGCUAACAAGGACGCGUUUGUUUUAAUGUUUGGUGAGAGCCUCAACCAGACCACGAAAACAAAACAACUGGAUCUGCAUAUCCGCUACUGGUGCGAAGAUCACGUCCAGUCAAGAUAUUCGGGGUCGCAGUUGAUGGGACAUGGAACAGCUGAGGAUUUACUACGCCUUUUCAAAGAAGGUGCCAAGGACCUGGAUAGGCGUAAGCCGUUGUCCGUCUCCAUGGAUGGACCAAACGUUAAUUGGAAGUUCCUGGAGCUACUGCAGCAAGAACAUAUUGAAACUGAAGGAAUUUUGCCUGGAGGUGUGGUCAAAGAAAAAAAAACCUUUUCACUGGACCAAAAAGUCAUGUUUUAUGUUAAAAUAAACAUUUGGGUAAAAUUGUCCCUAACCCUA